AUGGCAGGUCAAUGGAAGCCUCAAGGGAAAAACAGAAGUGCGUUCCAGAAAAUACAAGUACCUCCAAAGAGCAUUGAAGAAUUCUUAAAGCUUCAAAAUUGGGAUUAUUGGCCCAAAGAAAUCCACUUAAUAGAAGAUAAAUAUGUACAUGAUAUGAACAAAAUAAAGGAAGAUAGUUCAUUUACUUCAAUUUAUACACAUCUAUUGAAAAAUGUCCCUCAGAUAUUUGAAGCAGACAUGAACAUGGAGUUAAGAUUAAGGGAAUGUUCACUUCUUUUGCAAGACCAUGCAUCCAAAAUAUUUGAAUGGGACAAAGUUAUUUGCAAAACAAGUUAUGAAAAAUUGGAAAGAUAUAAGGCAUUUCUAGAGAAGUACCAUACACACAAAAAGAUAAUGCUUGCAGAUGAAAUGGGGACACAGAAGAAUAUAGAGGGUUGCAACUUCUCAGGAUUCAAAGCAAAUGAGCUUACUCAAUUACCCAGACAUUUGGAUGCUAAACGAAUUUAUCUUUUUAUUUUAAAAGCCUAUGACUUUGAUGAAAGAAUAUUUAAAAUCUGGAAGAGUCAUUUUCUCUCAGAAUCUUCCAUUGCUCUUUUGCAUGACUCCUUUUGGUGGUGGUUUCUCCAUAAAUUUAAGGUAUAUCCUGAUUGUCUGGCACAAGCUAUAUAUGCAACAUUCCGGGAAGCAUUUCCAGAAUCUAGUAACCUCUUUAAUGAUGAAUUUAAAGAAGACCUAGGGAAUAACAUUUUUCUUUGGAUGUCAGGACUACAACCACGAAAAGGCUUUUGGGUUCACUGGAAACUAAAAGACCUCUCCACAACAACCAUACAUGGUAGCAAGAGAGCAACUGAAAAAUCAAUAAAGGAAAGAAUUGCAAGUAGUCAAGAACACAUUAUAUCUAGUAAGUAA